AUGCGAUCGAACGCCCUCAAGGCUACCAGUACUGGCUCACGAGCUGCCCGGAUCGCCGUUCACUCUCACAUUCAUGGGCUCGGCCUCGACGAAGAUGGCCUCGGAAAGGAGGACGGACAGGGGUUUAUUGGUCAGAGGAGCGCCAGAGAGGCUUGUGGGCUUGUGCUAGAUCUUAUACGUACGAGAAGGUUUUCUGGACGGGCUUUACUCUUGGCCGGUGGACCCGGAUCCGGAAAGACAGCAUUGGCAUUGGCCAUGGCUCAGGAAUUGGGCCCAAAGGUCCCUUUCUGUCCGAUGGUUGGAAGCGAAGUUUACAGCAAUGAAGUUAAAAAGACUGAGGUUUUAAUGGAAAACUUCCGGCGCGCCAUCGGGCUACGUGUAAAAGAAACGAAGGAGGUUUACGAGGGAGAAGUGACUGAAUUGACGCCAGCUGAAACCGAAAAUCCACUUUCAGCCUACGGAAAAACCAUUUCACACGUCGUGGUCUCAUUAAAAACUGCCAAAGGUACCAAGCAACUUCGGCUUGAUCCCAGUAUCUUCGAUAGCAUUCAGCAGGAGAGAGUCACCGUUGGAGAUGUGAUUUAUAUCGAGGCCAACACUGGAGCUGUCAAGCGUGUGGGUAGAUCAGAUGUCUUUGCGACAGAAUUCGAUUUGGAAGCGGAAGAAUACGUGCCACUGCCAAAGGGAGAAGUUCACAAGAAGAAAGAAAUUGUCCAGGAUGUCACUCUCCAUGAUCUCGACAUGGCUAAUGCACGGCCUCAAGGUGGACAAGAUAUCAUGAGUGUAAUGGGUCAGAUUGUGAAAGGCAGAAGGACUGAAGUGACCGAUAAGCUCCGGGAAGAAAUCAACAAAGUCGUCGAUCGGUACAUCGCACAGGGAAUUGCCGAACUCGUACCUGGUGUAUUAUUUAUCGACGAGGUACACAUGCUUGACAUUGAAUCGUUUACAUACUUGAAUCGUGCACUAGAGUCGGCCAUAUCUCCGCACGUGAUCCUUGCAACAAAUCGAGGGAUGUGUACGAUCAGGGGGACAGAAAAUGAACUAGGCUCGGGAUCAGCCAGCUCAGAGGGGAUCGUUGCACCCCACGGGAUUCCUGUUGAUCUGCUGGAUAGGUGCAUGAUUGUUCGGACUGUGCCCUACAACCGGGAUGAGCGCAAAACAAUAUUGAGUCUGAGGGCUAAAGUCGAAGAUCUCAAGGUGGAUGAAGCCGCUCUGGAUAAACUUGCGGACCGGGCCAUGGAAACUUCUCUUCGAUAUGCUCUACAGUUGUUGACACCCAGUGCAAUCCUGGGUACCGUUUCCGGACAAGAAGGUAUCAACGUACAGGAUGUUGGAGAAACUGACAACUUAUUUAUGGACGCAAAAUCAUCAGCACGGAUGUUGGCAAACUAUGAAGGUCAAUAUAUCCGGUGA